CCUCACCAGUGAGGUGUCUCUCCAGAGGAAACACCUGGCGCACCUGAGUGACAGGUUACAUUUAUUUGGCUCCUCCCCCUCCCCUGUUUCAGCCAGUCCAGUCUUUGGGAAUGGAACACGAACACUCCCUCCUCCCAGCCUGGCCCUGAUAGGAUUCCUCGGAGAAGUAAAAGUUGGCAAAAGGACACCUGACACCCGGUAACCGGAUCCCGAGGCGGAAGAGUGGAUGAAUGGAGUGAACAAAUAAUCCAGGCAUGUCUUCCUUUGGCUGGAAUGUGAAUCAGACGCCGGAGGUCCGCGAGCCGCCCUGGGACGCGAAGGAAGACGACGAGGACGCGGAGUAUUUUGCGCGCACACCGGCCGCCGCCGGCACCACUGAUUUCUCUCCUUCAUCCUCAUCAACAACCUCAUCAGUAUCAUCAUCAUCAUCAUCAUCGCUCUUCUCCUCCUUCUCUUCCUCCUCGUCUCCGCUGUGCUUCUCCGCCGAGCAGGUGGAGUGUGUGUGUGAGGCGCUGCAGCAAGCGGGACGGGUGGACCGUCUUGCCCGGUUCCUGUGCGCUCUAGGUGGCGGCGGCGGCGGCGGUGGUGGUGAGAGUGUUCUCCGCGCGCGCGCGCUCGUCGCCUUCCACCAGGCGCGCUACAGCGAGCUGUACGGGAUCUUGCAGGGCCACAGCUUCAGUCCCGCGUGCCACGCCGCGCUGCAGGAGCUCUGGUACAAGGCGCACUACACGGAGGCGGAGAAGGCACGCGGACGCCCGCUCGGCGCUGUGGACAAGUACCGCGUGCGCCGGAAGUUCCCGCUCCCGCGCACCAUCUGGGACGGAGAGGAGACCGUGUACUGCUUCAAGGCGCGCUCGCGGAACGCGCUCCGGGACGCGUACGCGCGCAACCGAUACCCGUCUCCGGCGGACAAGAAGAACCUGUCCAAAAUAACGGGACUGUCCCUCACUCAGGUCAGCAACUGGUUCAAAAACCGGCGGCAGAGAGACCGGAACCCGUCCAAAAGUGAUCCAGGAUGAUGAGCUGUAAGGAGGGUUUGUUCACCCCUCGUGCCAGUUCCUGCAAGAUCAGGACUUGGAUGGGACAGAGAACAUUUACGAACUUCUGUACAACACACAGAAACACACCUCCACCACCACCACCACCACCACACAUUAGACAUGACUAGCCAUUUAUCUGCACACUGGCCAGCCCUGACUUGUCUGUAUGAGCAGGUGUAAAAUGUUCUUCCACUUGACAAGAUCUAGAGCUUAAUCUAAACUCAAUCAGUCCUAAAUUAUUAACUCAUAAAUGUGUUGGUAUUAUUCCAAAAAUAUUCUCUGAGUUUCUAGACUCUUUGAAAAGUGAGAAGGAUAUGUUGCAGACAGGUUGGGCAUGCUGUGAUAGUACGAAUCGGGGUAGAGUGUGUCGCAGCCCUCCAUAGCUUAACAGCAACCCCCUCAUGUUUCAUGUAAAUUUGUGUUGAAAAAUGGAACUUCAGAACAUCAUAAUCAGGAGUCAUAUGGGCAGAUCUGAUUUGUUUGCUUUGCUGUUAUAGGAAUGUAGUUCCGGAAAGUGCUGUAUUACUCCACUUCAGCACAGUGUGCAUCAUUGUGUGCCAGUUAAGUAAAUGCAAUAGACUGUGAAGAUGACAAGUAGCGCAGACCCUCCUGUGUAUAAUAGUGUCGACUUUCUGAUACACACUCAUCUGCGAGAUUGUCACUUAACGGGAAAAUGGCAACUUGGCCCUGAGAAGCAAGAUAUAAAAAGUUUUUAAAACAAAGGACGAUGGUUAUUUGUUCAAUAGGACAAUCUCCAAGUAGUAGACAAAAAGACUUUCUGGUUCUCUGAGUUCUCAAAGGCUCUCUGGUUGUGCUAAACAGAAUAAAGUUUUGUAUUUAUCAUGUU